CUAGAUACUGUAUCUGCAACACCUGCAUUAUGGGGUUAAGGGUAGUCAGAAUUUUCAAAAAAUUGAUUUUUUUUUGCAUUUUCUUAAAGUAUAAUAUUUUAAAAAUAUUUUGUGAAAAUUUAAAGUGAAUCCGACAAAUUUUUUUCGAGCUAUUCAACAAUUAACAAAGGGCACUUGGGCGCUACGGAGCGUUCGAGAGCUGGUAGCUAGCAGCAGCUGCAAGCAACCGACCUUCGGGUUUCAUUGUCAUGAAUGUCUCACCAUUUUGAUGUGUAUAUAACUAAACCUAAAUAUAUAUAUUCCCUAUAUAUACCCUACUAAAUACAUUCACAAUUUCUAGGUAGUACAAGUGCAGAAAAAUAUUUUUUUUGUUGCCAGUAUGCCUGUAGUCGUUGCAAUGAGCAGUCGAUAGUUUUGUGUUAAAAUAAAUUAUUUUUCAAGUGAUUUACCAUGGGACGUGAUUGUAGAAAGGUUUCAAGACAACUUCGAAGUUCUGAAAAUAUUAAUAAGUCGCGUUCAGUGAAACGAAAGAAUGUGUUUAAUCCGAAAACAGCGGAACGUGAUGAAAGCAUUCAGAGUACAUCUUCUAAAAAAUUGAAACAAAACACUGAAGAUGAUGUACCUGAAGACAGCAGUACUGAAUUUCGAAUAAUAAAUUUUAUUAUGGUAUUCACUGCAAUUUCUGCUUUUGUAAAGUGUAAAAAAUGUGAUGGAAAUGUACUGUUUCAAACAGCAAGUACACGUGGGUUGGGAUUCAAGAUUGUAGUUUCAUGUAAUAACUGUGGAAAUGAAUAUAUUCCUUCCUGUUCUUUCAUUGGGCAUUCUUAUGAAAUCAACAGACGUUUCAUUUUUGUAAUGAGAAUACUUGGAAUAGGAUACGAAGGAUUGUGCAAGUUUUGUGGCCUGAUGGACAUGCCGUCUUUUUUAGAUAAAUGUACGCAUACAAUAUUACUGAAACAGAUUUUAAAUUGUAGUAAAACCGUCGCAGAAGCCUUCAUGACGAAAGCUGUGAAUGAAGAAAAGCAAGCAAUGUCAACAACUGAAAAUGAAGAUAUAAAUCAUUUAACUAUAUCGGGAGAUGGUACCUGGCAAAAACGGGGAUAUACAUCGUCAUUUGGAGUUUCUUCUAUAAUUGGCUAUUUUACUGGAAAAAUUCUUGAUAUAAACAUUAAAAGUGCAUAUUGUAAGGUAUGUGAGUAUUGGAAAAAAAAAACAAAUACAGUUGAGUUCCAGGAAUGGUAUCAAUCGCAUGAAGAUCACAAAGGGUCUUCUGGGAAAAUGGAGGUGGAUGCGAUGGUCGAAAUGUUUUCGCAUUCUGAAACAAAAUAUGGAGUUAAAUCCUUACAACAAUACAACCGUAAAUAAAAAGGAGUGUAUAGGGCAUGUCCAAAAGCGGAUGGGAACUCGAUUACGUGCACUGCAGACUAAACAAAAAGGUCUUGGUGGUAGAGGUAAGCUUACAGGAAAAGUAAUAGACAAAUUAACUGUGUACUAUGGUUUAUCAAUAUCAAUAUCAAUCAAUUGUGAUUCUAUUGAAAAUAUGAAAUCUGCUAUAAUGGCAACCUUUUAUCACUACGGCUCGAGCGGUGAAAAGCCAAAUCAUGAUAUGUGUCCAAAAGGCGAAGAUUCUUGGUGCUCUUACCAGCGCGCUGAAGCAAGAGGAGAGCUUGCUACUUAUACUCACGAUUAUUCUCCCUUACCUCCUGAUGUUUUAAAAGCUAUCCAGCCUAUUUAUGAAGAUCUCAGUAAUGAAAAUUUACUUUCAAGAUGUGUAGGUGGAUUCAACCAAAAUAAUAAUGAAAGCUUUAACCAACUAGUAUGGAAAAUAUGCCCAAAAACGGUAAAUACUAGUUAUACUAUCGUACAAAUUGCUGCAUAAGUAGCUACUUGUAUAUUCAAUGAAGGAAUAAAUUCAUUAUUGGUCAUAAUGAAUACACUGGGACUUAAUUGUGGGCCUAAUUCUCAUCGGUAUGCUGAAACAAGUCGGAAUACCGGAAGCUCGCGCUUCGGGUAUAAAGGUUUUGUGUUCAUCUUAUGUGAGAAACUUCAACGCACAUUUUUCUAUCCGUAUAUAGCUACAAAUCCAACAUAAUCCUUCA